AAGUUGCUUAUUUUGAUUAUAAAGGUUAUGUUAAAAAAGUGAUUAGAAUUGGUGCCCCACCCCCAACCUAUCAAUCUAUACUUAUAGAUUUACUCCCAGCAUGUGUAGAUAUACUUAUUGCAUGUUUGUAUAUACUUUGUGAUUUAAUGAAUCAUAAAGCAUGUGUAGAUAUACUCAUUGCACAUUUAUAUAUACUUUGUGGUUUAAUAACUUUUAUAAUUUUUAAAGGAUACGGAGUAUUUACAAAAAAAGAAUUCAAAGCUGGCGAUGCUUUACUUGAAUAUAAAGGUGAAACUAUUUCAAGAAAUGAAGCUAAACUACGCAGCCAAAAAUAUGCUAUGCAAAAUAAAGGAUGUUUUAUUUUUGAUCUUUAUUUGAAUAAUAAAAAAAUUAGCAUUGAUGCUACUGACUCACAAUGUUUGGGACGUUACAUUAAUGAUGCUCCUGAAAAAUUUUCGAAUUGUUUGCCAAAGACAUGCAUCAUAGAUGGAAAAGAAUGUCUCAUGUUAUUUGCUAAAAAGUAUAUUCCGAAAGAUACAGAGCUACGUUAUAAUUAUGGAGAUGGCUCUAAUCAAUGUUGGUGAAAAAAUAAAAAAUAUUUGCAACCUUUCACGAUUGAUGAUGUUAAAGCAUAUUUACACGGAAAGCCUAACAUCUAGUAAUGAAUGCAAAGAAACUUUUAAAGACUUUAAUGCAAGUUCUGCUGCUUCACAAGUUGUUAGCUCUGAGGCUCAUAUUUUAAACUUAACAUCUAGUAAUAAAAUCCAAGGAACUUUUGUAGAUUUGGUUGCAAGUCCCGCUUUACAAGUUAUUAGCUCUGAUGCUCAAAUUUUAAACUUAACAUAUAGUAAUGAAUUCAAAGAAAAUUUAGAAGAUUUGGUUACAAGUCCCACUGCUUCACAUGUUCUUAACUCCGAAGCUCAAGCUUUAAAGUUGUCAUGUGUAUGUCAUUAAUAAAUUGCUCAAAUUCAAAGAGACGAUUACCUGAUGUUUUGUUUUUAUUGUUUAAUCGAAAGAAAUUGU